AUGAAUUCGACAAGUGCUGCUCUUCAAGACGCAGCUGAAGAGGCCCCCUCAGAGUCAGCAGCAGCGGCAGCAGCAGCAACAGCAGCAGCAGCAGCAGCAGCAACAGAGGGAGGAGCAGCGGCAGCAGCAGCAGUAGCAACAGAAGGAGCUCAUGAAGCAGCAGCAGCAGCAAGAGGAGAAUUAGCAGCAGAUACUGCAUUAAAAUUUGUAGUUGGAGAAGAAAAAGAAGCAGCAGGAGAAGAUGAAAAUGCUGCUGCUGCUGCUGCUGCAGCAGCAGCAGCAGCAGGAACAGCAUGUAGAUAUACACCUAGAGAAGGAGGGGUGCAAGAAGUCUUCUUGGACAUGUCUGGCAUUCAAGUACAAGAAGUAGAAGUGCAUUCAGAAGAAGUUAGGCCAAUUGAUAGACAAAAAAUAAUAGAGGAGCAGGUUAUAGAAGAAGAAGUAGUUGACGAUGUUGUGCUGCAGCAAGCAGCGACGCUGCAACAACUACACACGGACAGACAGCAGCAGCAGCAGCAGCAGCAGCAGCAGCAGCAGCAGCGACAACAACAGGAACAACUGCAACAGCAGCAACAACUACAACAGCAGCAACAGCAUCUCCAACUGCAACUGCAACAGCAACUGCAACGGCAACAGCAACUGCAGCAAAUACAGCAGCAGCAACAGCAACUGCAACGGCAACUGCAACAGCAGCAACGACAGCAACUGCAACAGCAGCAGCAGCGAUUACAACAGCAGCAACAGCAACUGCAACUGCAACUGCAACAGCAACAGCAACUCCAACAACAGCAGCAACAGCAGCAGCAGCAACAGCAACAGAAGCAACAACAACAGCAACUGCAACAGCAACUGCAACAGCAACUGCAACAGCAACUGCAACAGCAACUGCAACAGCAACUGCAACUGCAACUGCAACUGCAACAACAGCAGCAACAGCAGCAACAACAGCAGCAACAGCAGCAACAGCAGCAACAACAGCAGCAACAACAACAGCAACAACAACAGGAACAAGAACAGCAACAACAACAGCAACAAGAACAGCAACAGCAACAACAACAGCAACAAGAACAGCAACAGCAACAGCAACAGCAACUGCAACAGCAGCAACAACAGCAACAGCAACAAAAAGAAGACAGGAGACUUCUGCAGCUGGAAUGGAUACAGCAGCUGCAUCAGCAUUACGAGCAGCAGCACGAGCAGCACCACCAGCAGCACGAGCAGCAGCAGCAGCAGCUGCUGCUGCUGCAGCAGAAGGUGCAGCAGAAGCAGCAGCAGAAGCAGCAGCAGGAGAAGCAGCAGCAGGAGAAGCAGCAGCAGCAAGAGCAGCAGAAGCAGCAGCAGCAGCAAGAACAGCAGAAGCAGACUGCACCAGAACAAGCAGCAGCAGCAGCAGCUACUGCUGCUACUGCUUCUUCUACUGCAGCAGGAGCACAAGCAGCAGGAGCACAAGCAGCAGCAUCAAGCAGCUCGGGGCGUUUGCAGCAGCAGCAAGCCAUGGAGGUAGUAGAGUUAGAAGAGGAGAGGCCGACGCGACCGGGUGUACAGACACCGCAGCGAAGCAGAGCCAGGUCGAAGCGCUCUUCAGAAGACGACGCUAAGAAGAAAAGCAAGAGACGAAGACGGGUGGAUGUACAAGAAGCAGAAGACGAAGCAGCAGAAGAAGAAGCAGAAGAGCAGCUGCAAGUGCUGCAGCAGCAGCUGCAGCGGGAGCUGCUGCUGCUGCAGCAGGAGCAGCGGAUGCUGCAGAUGGAUCAGCGUCUGCAGGAGCAGCGCUUGUACGAACAGCAGCGUCUGGAGAAGCAGAUGCUAUUUCAGCAUCAGCACGAAGAGCGUCAGCAUAAUCAGCGGCUGCGUCUGCAGCUGCAGCAGCAGCAGCAGCAGCAGCAGCAGGGGCCGCAGCAGCGUCCCGUUUCGAAGCAGAGGCUACGCAGGGAACAGAGGCUGCAGAGGCAGCUGCUGCAGCAUCAUCAGGAGGAGCAGCAUAAGCGGCUGAUGCAGCAUCAGCUGCUGCAGCAGCGCUGGGUGCAGGAGAGGUGGCAGCAGGUGCUGAUGCACGAGAGAGCGCUGCAAGAAGCCUAUAUGGUGAAGCAGCAGCAUCAGCAGCAUCAGAAGCAGCGUCAGCAGCAGCGUCUGGAGCAGCAUAGGCAGCGUCAGGAGGAGCGACAGCAGCAGCGACAGCAGCAGCGGCAGCAGCACUGGCAGCAGAUGCGUCAGCAACAGCAGCAGCAUAGGCAGCAGCAGCAGCAGCAGCAGCAGCAGCAGCAGCAGCAGCAGCAGGAAGAAGAAGAACAGCCUGGGGAGGGGCCUUCAUCUUCAGGCACUGCCGGAGGAAGGCAGGGUGAGCGCUGCGGUGUACAUGCAGAUAAAGAUGAAGAUGAUGAUGAAAAUAGAAGAAGAGCAUCUGUAAUCAGAAGAGCAGACGGAGCACAAGUUGAAGUAAAAGUAGAAGAAGAAGAAGAAGAAGAACAAGAGGUAGAGGUAGUAGCGACAAGAAGAAGAGUAAUAAUGUUUGGAGAUGAGGGUGCAGCGGAUAGAGAGAGAAGAGCACGUCUCCUUGCACAACAGCAGCAGCAGCAGCAGCAGCAGCAGCAGUUACUGCUGCAGCAGCAGCUGCAGCGGCAAUGGCAACUGCAGCUAUGGCAGCAGCAGCAGCAGCAGCAGCAGCAGCAAUUGCAGCAAAUGCAGUUGCAGCAGUGGCAGCAGCAACAACAACAGCAAAAGCAACGACAGCAGCAACAGCAGCGACGACAGCAGGAACGAAGGCAGCAAAAACUGCAGCAGCAACUCGAACGGCAGCAACAGCAGCAACAGCAGCAACAAGGAGGAGUAGUAGUAGUAAAGCAAGAAGAAGAAGAAAUAGAUGUUGUAACAGUAGAGGGUGAACCUGCUAGAGAAGAAGAAGAGACAGACGAUAGCGCGCCGCACAUAAGAGACUUUGCUGCUUUUGAAGCAGCAGCAGCAGCAGCAGCAGCAGCAGCAGGAGAUCCCCUGCAGCACAUUCAUCAUCAUCAUUAUCAUCAUCAUUAUCAUCAUCAUCGGCAGCAGCAGCAGCAGCAGCAGCAAGAAGAAGAGGAGGAAGACGAAGAAGACGAAGAAGACGAAGAAGACGAAGAAGACGAAGAAGAGGAGGAAGAGGAGGAAGAGCAGCAGCAGCAGCAGCAGCAGCAGCAGCAGCAGCAGCAGCAGCAGCAGCAGCAGCAGGGAUCUAGUUUUCUGGAUUUGCUGCCUACGUUUCCUGGUGAUUACCUGUCAUAG